GGGCAAAUUAUUAUUCAGUCUAAAGAUGGAGUUUUUGUUCCCUCUCCUACUGAUGGAAAUGUUUUCAGAUGCACAGAAAAAACUUCUGAAAUGCAUGCUACUGAUAAAUUCGAGAAAGGCCUGAGUCCAGUUGCAUCUGUAGCAUCCAGACUGACUGAAGAUAAGGAGCAGCUUCUGGUUUGUAACCAAGUUCGAACAAAGAACUCAUCAACAGAGUAUUUAAAUGGAAAAUGUGCUCACAAGUAUGAUGAACAGAAGAUAAGUCAAAUCUAUCCUGAUAAGUUGGUUUUACAGCUACUGGAAGAAAAUACCAGCAUCAUCAACAACAACAACAACAACAACAACAACAACAACAACAACAACAACAACAACAACAAAUAUCCAGAUGCAGGGACGGAGAUCGCAUUUGUGUUGGACGGCUCUAGUAGCAUUAAUCCAAUAGAUUUUGAAAUGGCCAAAUACUUUAUUAUUAAUGUAAUGAAAAAUGUUUGGACAACAUGUUUCAGUUGCAAAUUUGCAAUAGUACAGUUUGGGAGAGAAAUAAGGACUGAACUCUCUCUGACAGAAAAUAAUGACACUCUCAGUGCCUUGGAUAAGGUGAUGAACAUAAAACAGGUUCAUGCAAUCACCAAGACUGCUUCAGCCAUCUAUCAUGUUCUCACAGAGGUUUUUGUUCCUCAAAUGGGAUCAAAAGAGAACGCCAAAAAAUGUAUUAUUCUACUAUCUGAUGGAAUAAUGACAGGAGAUAAUAGAACCCUCAAUGAUGUUUUGAACAUGACACAGAUGGAUGGGAUUGUUCGCUAUGCAAUAGGGGUAGGGACAGAUGUUCUGGGUGAAAUAAAUGCAAAAAAUGAGAUGAUACAAAUUGCUGGCAGCAAAGACCAAUUUUUCAAUGUUUCGAAUUAUGGCGCAUUGGAAAAAAUAAUUUCUUCUUUGGAAAAAAGAAUUAUUGGGAUUGAAGCUACAAAAACGGAGAUUGUGUUUUUGCUGGACGGCUCUGGUAGCAUUAUGCAGGAAGAUUUUGAAAGGGCCAAAGACUUCAUUAUGAAUGUAAUGACACAAUGUUGGGCAAUAUGUUUAAAUUGCAGAUUUGCAGUAGUGCAGUAUGGAAGAGAAAUAAGAACAGAACUCUUUCUGAAUGAAAAUAACGACUAUCGUAUAGCACUGGAUAAGGUGAAAAACAUUAAAAAACUUUUAAAAAAUUCCAGGACUGCUUCAUCGCUCUUUAAUGUUCUAAAAGAAAUGUUUGUUUCUCAAAAUGGAUCAAAGGAGAAUGCCAAAAAAAUUAUUAUUCUACUGUCUGAUGGACAAAUGGCAGUAGAUACUAGAACACUCACAGAGGUUUUGAAAAUGCCACAGAUGGAGGAGAUUAUUUGCUAUGUCAUAGGGGUGGGGCAGGACAUCCUGGGUAACACACAGGCAAUACAAGAGAAAUCUGAAAGGAGAGACCAAUUUAUUAAAAUUUCCAAUUAUGCAGAUUUAGAAAACAUUCUUUCUUCUUUAGUAAAAAAGAGAAGUGAAGUUGAAGAAGAAGAAGAAUCAAGAAGAGUCAUUCACUUUACUGAAGGAAAGGAAAUGCUGCAAUUCUGCCUUCCCUAGGAUCCUCAAAGGAGCAAAGCACGAGAGCAAUACAUUUUAAGCCCAGCUGGAUGCUGAGAAUUAUUUGAAGCAAUUUCAUGAACUCUGUUGGUGUACUUUAGAAUACAGGUCAAAAGGAUAAAACAACAAGGCACUGUUAAUUUUAAGAGCUGAAAUAAAAUUUAAUAUUUUAAAAUAAUAUGUAACCAAAGGACAGAAAUGGAUGAUCUUGUAUGUAGAUGUCCCUCUAUCUAUUGCUGAGAAACAUCCAGCCUAUACAGUAUGUGGAAAUGUAGAAUAUUAUUAAUUAUUUUAUGAAUAAAUUACUUUGUAUUAUUCAGGAUUGGUAUUUUGUUGCUUCUUGAUUAUAUAUUCUAU